AAAGGUAAAAUCCAAACAUGGCAUAGCAUAUUUCAUUAACCAGCAUUGUAACAUAGUUACACAUAGCCCAAACACAUGACUGCAACGAAUUGUCACACUGCCACGUACCCUCUUUUGCAUGGUUACACCAAAUGCUAUGCAGCCACGCCCAUUCUCAUCACCUAUCCCUGUCAUCUUCAUUCUCUCUCUCUCUCUCUUCUCUCUCUCUCUUUCUUUCUCUCUCUCUCCUUCUCUCUCUCUUUCUCUCAUGAACACCUCAACCACCCUAUAUAACUCACCCUUCUUCUUCUCUAACAAUAUCCAUGCUCCACAAGCUCUCUUUUGUAUCAUUAUUCAUUCAGUCUUUUCCUUUACUACAAUAAAAUAUGAGCACCAUUUGUGCAGAGCACAAGUUCCAACUUCAACCCUCUCACCAGCUUCUCUCUCUCAAAAAAUCCCUCAGAGACCUUGACAUCCCGCCAAGGAAGCUUCUCACGCGCCGCUCCGCCGCCGACAUCUUUUCCGACGACAUCCUCCUGCACAAGUACCUCGCGCACACCAAAUCCAUGGAAUCCGAUGACUCUGAUGACGUCGGAGACCCCUAUGCCUCCGACGAAUUCCGCAUGUUCGAGUUCAAGGUUCGUCGCUGCACUCGUAGCCGGAGCCAUGACUGGACAGACUGCCCUUUUGCACACCCCGGCGAGAAGGCCCGCCGCCGCGACCCUCGCCGGUUUCAUUACUCCGGGACCGUUUGUCCGGAGUAUCGCCGCGGGCAGUGCAGCAGCGGCGAUGCAUGUGAGUUCUCUCAUGGGGUGUUCGAGUGCUGGUUGCACCCUUCAAGGUAUAGAACCGAGGCUUGCAAGGAUGGGAAGAAUUGCAAGCGAAAAGUUUGCUUUUUCGCUCACACCCCUCGCCAACUGAGAGUUUUGCCUCCCCAAGACAGCGACAAGAAGAAAAAGGGCAGCAAUAUGAGUCCUCAUAAUAAUAACAACAAUAACAGUAACCAUUGUUGUUUGUUUUGUCAUUGUUCAUCCACCUGUUCACCAACUUCUACCUUGUUUGGCAUGUCUCAUUUUUCUCCUCCUUUAUCACCCUCUUCUUCUUCCUCUUCCCCUUCUAGGUUUGAGCCUGGCCACCGUCACGGUGUUGUGAGCUACAAGGAUGUGUUCUCUGAGCUUAUGUGCUCCAUGGAGGCUUUGAAUUUUGGUGAGGCUUCGUCUGUCUCUGCUUCUAAGCCUCAUACUCUUCUGUCUUGGCAUGAUGUCUCUGAGGAUCAUAAGCAGUUCAAUGUUCAUUCACCAACCAUAGCUACCCGUGGAAGCUUUUCCAAUAAUGCGAAUGGAAGGUUUUGGAGGGAAGAAAGUGGAAGCUUUUCCAUGAAUAGAAGUGGAAGAUUUUUUAGGGAAGAAAGUGGGGUUGUUGAUGAUGUCAUUGCCCCAGAUCUGGCGUGGGUUAAUGACUUGCUGAUGUAGGUUAUUAUUAAAACGUCUUGAAGAUGAUGACAAAAGGUGCAUGGUGGGAUUUGUGACGAGGAUUUACCAAGUGUAAAUACAUGUCGGAGCAAGCAACAUAUCCUUGGCUUCUAUUGUUAUUAUUAUUAAUUAUUGUUUCGAGUACUUUCAUUGCUUUCUGAAUUUUGUUUAAGGUUGUCAAAAUUAGGUCUGUAAUUUUUGUGUCCAUUGUAACUAGAUUUCAUCUUUUGUUCGGUGGAUUAUGUAGAAAGGAAAGGGAAACUGAUUCAUGCAAUCAAAUGUUGAACUUUUCUUUUC